AUGUCGUUUGCUUUUUCGAUAGCCUCGGACAAUGAGUUGCCCAUAGGACUCAUUAACAGUCGCAAUCUCUGCUACUUAAACGCACUUCUUCAAGCCAUGGCUUCCAACCGCAGCCUUGUCAAGUCUCUUAGGCGAAGCGCGGCUGUUAAACGUGACCGACUUUUAUGCUCUCUAGUUGCUCUUCUUGAAGGCUUGGGUCGUCAGCGUGUUUUCUCUCGUAUUCUUUACAAAGCUCGUGAUUCCAGCCAUGCUGGUAGGCUUAAGUGGCGGAAAGAGUGCAACUUCCUUGGUGGGAUUGAUUGUCAAAUGGCGAUUUUACCCCUCCCACAGGACGCCCACGAAUUGUUCGGUUUCUUCAUGGACUUGGCCAACAACUAUGAGGCCGGCCGAUCCGCAGUACGGGCCAGUGAGGGCCUUCGAUCGGUCUCGCGUCUUCUCAUUGGCAAAUCCCCAGCACCCCCUGCGCCUCUUGCCAAUGGCACCGCUGACGCAGCCUCCACCAACCAAUGCCACAAAAAGUCCAUGCCUCUGCUGCCGCUCAACUUGGUUAACGGCGGCACUAAGGCGGUCACGUUGGGCACUUACCAAGUGCCUAAGGUUGUGCCGAGCUUCAAGCACAACCUCAUCGCGUCACAGAUAUUCUGUUCCCGUUGCUCCUAUCGCAGCGAUAUAAAACUCGUUCCAGAGUCGUGUCUAAUACUCUUCCCUAAGAAAUCCAAAAAUUUACACAAAAAGAAAAAAUCCGGCAAGUCCAAAGCGCCCUACAAUGCAACCCUGAAUGCCCUCCUGGAGGACGAGUUUCAGUCGGUGGAGCGCCUGAUGGGCAUUAACUGCCCGCGCUGCCACAUGAAAGCCAUCACCGUGCCAGCCGCCAUGGUUAACGAUCCCGCUCCUCUGGUUGCGGACAAGAGUGCAAUCAAGCACCUGGCUGAGAUCAACUGUCGGAACACGUGCUACGUGCGCCGGUGGAUCGCCCACCUUCCCACCAGCCCCCUCGUUCUCUACCUCCAGCGGGCUGUCUGGACGCCCCAGGCCUACCUGGCUCCCGACUCGGACGAGUUCGUGUUCGGCUACAGUUCAGGCGGGGCCGUCACCAAGUUCCAGGACCACGUGGACUUUCCGUUGCUCCUCGACCUCGCCCCGUACCUCUGCAGUGGGCGUGCGUCUGAGGCUGUGCUGAAGAAACUUGAGACCGACUCAAUUAACGCACCUACUGUGAAGGCUGACCUCUAUACUCAUAGCAAGAAAGGAAGGUAUGUCCGAGCCCUUGUUUUCAUUGUUCUUUUCAAUGUGUUUGUACUGUGCGUCGCUUUAACACAAACCUCUGUUUUAUCACGUGAGACGCAGCCAUGUCACGGAGGUUAUCGCAAGACUUCCUUUUUUUGUUUAACCAGACCUCCUCGCUUCUACGUCCUACGUUCGGUUAUCGUCCACCAAGGCAACUCCUUCAACUCCGGCCACUACGUCACCUAUCGGUGUUGGAGAAAAGGCAGCCGUGUGGGGGAGUUCAACGGUGGUGCUUAUGAAUCUGCUGAGUGGCUUCUCACCUCUGACCGCUAUGUUGGAAGAGUUCCUUUUUCUAGUGUCAAGGCCUGCCAGGCCUACAUGUUGUUCUACGAACGCGUCCCGGAGACGGCUGGGCCUCCUUCCCCGGGGAACGAUUCCGACGACCACGAUGCCGCGGAGACCAGUGAUGGCGACGAUGAUGAUGACGACUUUGUCGUCAACCCAGGCUCCAACAACGAAUUCCUCGACGCAUUCGAGGGAUACUCUCGCGCCCGACGAAUUCGUGCUUUCAUGUCCCUGGCCUGUGGCUCCGGGGAGAUCAAUUGA